UUAUAAAUUCCUUGGCCAGCCCUCAUUAGGUAGGCUACACUGUCCGGUCAGAUUGUGUGUCAAGGAUUACCGAUAAAGAGAAGAGAGACGUUAUUGUGUCAUUUAGAACUGUUCUUCAGGUCCAAAACCAUGACCAAGGUUUUCAAGAAAGCCAGUAGAAACGGGCAGCUUGUACUCUACUUGGGGAAGAGGGACUUCAUAGACCAUGUAGAAAGUGUUGACCCCAUCGAGGGUGUGUUGAAGUUCGACCAGUCAGCUCUUGGGGGAAGGAAAGUCUGGUUACAGAUGACCAGUGCUUUCCGCUAUGGCAGUGAAGAUCUAGAUGUGAUUGGAAUGUCCUUCAGAAAAGACAUCUGGGUGCACAACAUACAGCUGUUCCCUCCUGCUGGUCACAACCCCACCAUAACCCCACUGCACGAAGCCCUGCUAAAGAAGGCAGGAGAGGAGGGCCAUCCCUUCACCAUUGAAAUCCCAACAAAUCUGCCUUGCUCUGUCACCCUUCAGCCAGGAGAGGACGACAAAGGCAAGGCUUGUGGGGUAGACUUUGAGGUGAAAGCCUACAUGGCCAUGGAGGCUGAUGAUCCAGAUGAGCAAGUGGACAAGCAGGACACCUGCCGUCUCAUCAUUCGGAAGAUCCAAUAUGCUCCUGACCAGACAGGCCCUGGGCCCAAGCUGGCCAUCAUGAAGUGUUUCAUGACCUCGGACAAACCCGUCCAUAUGGAGUUAUCUCUGGACAAGGAGAUCUAUUAUCAUGGCAACCCAAUCCCUGUUAAAAUAAAAGUCAGGAACGAAACCAACAAAGUCAUAAACAAAUUCAAGAUUUUUGUGGACCAAACUACAGAUGUGGUGCUGUAUUCUGCAGAUAAAUAUACCAAAAACAUAUUGAGCCAAGAAUUUUCGGAGACCGUAGAGGCUGGUGGGACGUUUGAGAAGGCACUCUCCAUCACUCCCCUGCUUGCCAAUGCCAACAACAAGAACAAGAAGGGCUUGGCCCUGGACGGCAAGCUGAAAGAUGAGGACACAAACCUGGCCUCCACUACAAUUAUAAGACCAGGCAUGGAAAGGGACAUCAUGGGAAUUCUGGUUUCCUACAAAAUUAAGGUCAACUUGGUGUCUGGAGGCGGCGGCUUUUUGGGAGGACUAACAGCCAGCGAGGUGACAGGAGAAGUACCGCUGAUUUUAAUGCACCCCAAACCAAAAGCAUGAACUGAAUAUGUGCUGUCAGUUCCUCUGCACAUGAAGGAGGAAGUGUUUGUUCACUGGAGAGGACUUCACUUUUUUUCGAAAGGAUGUAUUUGGUUUCAGCUAGAUUAAUAGUUGUGAAAUUCCUUGUUUUGAUGGCAUUAGAUUGACAGGGUAUAUGUGUAAGGUUACAUCAAGAUACAGCUUUGUCUCCUUCCUCAUGUUGCUGGGUAGUUAUUGGCUAAUUUUCUGUAUAUCUUUGUACUUUUGUGCUUUAGCCAGAACAGAAUGUCACUGUCAACAGUCUGUCAACUCACAAAUAACCUAACCCUUUCAGCUAUACUGUGCAUAUGAACUCAAAACGCUGAAAAUUUAUUUUUUGCACUAAUUUUUAAGUGAUACAUUUAUGAGUCUUUUACAUGUAUGAUAAGCUUUUUGUAUGUGUUCUAUUGUUUCGCUUGAUAUUGUUGGCCUUGGAAACUUGGAGGGUUCAACAUGGUGCAGACAGCUAAACUCACAGCUUUACUCACAUAUAGGUCUAACUCAAGUUAUUUUCCAUAAACUCUCAUAUCUAAUCCUAACCACCAGAAGGGAAAAAUAUUUGCCAAAUAUGAGGGUAUGUAUUGUUUGGCCCAAGGCAUAACACACACUAUUUAACUCAUCAAGUUCCAGCAGAACCUGUGACUAGUGAAAUAAGGUGUGUUCUAAAGAUUAGAUAUACCGUAGGACUAAACAAAGACUUACAUGUCAUUUUUCAAAUCUAGUCAUGUUAUCUGUACUUGAUUAUCUUGAUUAUCUUUAAAUUUGGUAAAGCUUACUAAUAUUGAUC